AUGAACGAGUACCAAUUACUAGAAGAAAUAGGAAGAGGUACACUUAGUCGUGUAUAUAAGGGUCGAAAGCGUAACACGAUUGAUUUCUAUGCCAUUCACUCAGUUGAUAAAUCCAUGAGGCAGCGCGUCCUCAAUAAUGUUCGAAUACUGAGCGCGCUAAAUCAUUCAAACAUUAUUCGCGUGCACGAGUGGUAUGAGACGGUGAACCAUUUUUGGGUGAUCACGGAUCUCUGCAUAAGUGGUGAUUUGCGCAGUAUUCUUCAUAUUAACUGCAAAAUGAAACACGAGAGCGUACGGCUGUUGGGAAGUGACGUUUGUGCGGGGCUCUUUCACACGCACGCGAGGGGGUUUCUCCACCGUAACUUGAAACCCUCCGGUCUGCUUCUCAAUGCCUCCGCGGCGCUGGUGCUCCAUGACUUUGGUUUAGCCUGCCCACUACAGAACGCGGAGGAGGGCGGGUUAAUUGGAACCCCACCAUACAUCGCACCAGAGCUUUUUUUGCUUUCGCCAAAGCAGCCGCCGUCAAUCGCUUCGGAUCUGUGGUCGCUAGGGUGUGUGCUGUAUGAGAUGGCCUCCGGGGAGCCUCCAUUUAAAGGGAGAACUUUGAAGGAACUUUUAACAAACGUCUUGACGCAGCCGGUGAAUCCCAUCGAAGGGGUCGAUCGGGAUCUCAACGCACUCAUUGCUCAUUUGCUAGAGAAAAGCCCUAUACGGCGUGCGAGCUGGGGGGAUGUGCUCUCGUGUGGGUUUUGGGGAGAUGCCCUCGAGGGUCUAACCCUCGAUGCCUUGCCAGUCUGUUCAGCGAGGAAGAGUUCUGCGAACGGUCUGGGAGUCCAAGAUAUCAUCCCGUGGGCAGAGGCAGACGUGCGCGCGGCGGUGAAGCGCGCGGUGGAGGCCGCAGCUGCCAAUCACUCCAUCGCUUCUCCCGCAUCUGGAGGCGUCGAUUCACCACCCGAUUGGGAUCGCCCUGCGCAGGAGUUAAACUUCACCCAGGGGAAAUCGAAUGGUGCGGCCAUUUUAGACUUCCCUGAGGUCCGAUGUGUUGGGCAUGGCCAAGAGGAAGAGGCCGAAAGCGCGACGAUCACGCUACCGAAAAGCGCUGCAUCGUAUGGCUUAGUGAAUUCCAACCAUCAUGUUUCUAACGGAAAUCAAUCCCUAAGCGAUGCGCGUUUGAUGAUAUGCCAUACGGAUUCCACCGCGUUGACGAGCCAACGGGUUGCGAAUAGUGCAUGCGAAGCAUCUAAACUCAGUGAUUUUUGCACUCAAAAUCUAUUAGACGAACAAUCUGCCGAGGCCAUCCGCCGUGUUCCUAUAUCUGAUCUGAUAUGGUUUCCGUCCGAUGCCAAUGUCCGGCCGCUGUGGGGUAAUAGACGUAUCGAAUGCGCCAAGGAGGUGACUUUCAAGGCAUCUGAUAUUCCUUUUCGAGCACUUGAAUUACAUGCUGUAGGUAGGCUAAGCGAACGAGAUUUUAAAUCCUUUAUGAAGUGUAUCCACGCCUCUCUCUCUUGCCAUGACGGUACGGACGAGCAGAAAGAGAACAUUCUAAAGUAUUUGGCAACCAUCGUGAAUGGCCCCAUGUUGUCUAACCGCCUUGUAAACAGCUCCAUCAUGGCGCUUUGUGUUAAGAUGGCAGGAUCACGCCACCUCCCAGUUUCGUGCAGGAUGCAGGCUUCAUCGUUGGCUGGGCAGCUGGUUCGCCACGCGAGUUAUAUUGAAAGCAACCUGGUCAAAACGAAUAUACUGCCGCAGUUGUUGCGCUACUUUCCGAGUGAGCCCAAUCUUACCGUCAAGUGCAAAUUGGUCGCUUGCAUUGGGGAAUUGAUCUACUACAUCGCCGCUCAAAAGGAGCAUGUUUGUGCAGAGUGGGCGGAAAUAGAGGACAACGCGCGCGAGGUCUUUACCUUAGCCUUGAAAACCGAGGAUCCUUUGAUCCGGCAUUACGCCGUCAAGGCCGUGGAAAACCUUUCGACGAACACGGAACGAUGUGCUAUUUUUUGCACCCAACGUAUCCUCGACUGCCUGCUUGUGGUGCAUGCCCUAGGCUCCAGCCACAAUCGGCAUAUGCGCGCCAGUGCCCUCUCCGCAGCGCUCCGAUUGAGCACCGUUCGGGAGGAACUUUUCCCCACCCUCCUCGCGAGUACGGAGCUUCCGAUAAAUCAAUACGCGGAGCUGAUCGCGCACCCUCCAACGCCGCGCUGCGGGCGCGUUCUGCUUUCGUUCGUGAACGUUGUGUUUUACAAGUCGAUCAUCUCGAUGGGGAAUUCCUUCGAAGGGGGGUGGGUAGCCUCCUCAGGCUCUGCGGUGCCGCUCGUCUCCUCGAUCCCUCCGCGGCAGGCGGCGGAUGUCGUCCGUUCGAUCGCCUCGCAAAAGGAGGAAAUCAUCGGUUGUGUGGUGAAUCGCGCCGGGGGGGGUUCGGAUCCUAUCGCCGCCAAGCUGGCGGUGUUCAUGCGGCUACUCGGCUGCCUUGGGGGUCGCGUGUUCGCGGAGAGCUGCACCGCCUCCGCGCUCGCGCUCGUCGACGCCGUUGCCGGGGAAAGCGACCCCCACUUUCGGCGAUGCGCCUCCGCGUUUGCUGCCUUUCUCGGGAUUUAUACCUCCCAGACGCUCUGCUCCCUCGCGCGGGGUAUAUCGCGCUCCACCACUCCUUUGUAUAUUACCUCACUGCGGCGUAUCUUUAGCGCGAGGACGUUGCUAAAAUUGAUUCCCUUACGCCCGGAUAUUUUCGAAAGCCUCGGUGGAUGUUUGAAGAAGGCUCUGAGCAACGCCGCGUAUCGCCCCUACGAGGAUGAUUUCCAUGCCUUGGCUUUCUAUUUCGUUCAACAAAUUGAAACGGUGGUUCAGCACCAUAGCGCUAUUCUCUCAAGUGUCGCUCCGCAUUAUCUCGAGGAGCUCAAAAAAGGUGAGAGCGAAAGGCGCUUUACUGCGCUUUACUUUCUGACAUCUUUCAUGGCGUCCUUAGUUUCAGACCUUACGGAACCGCGUAGGAUGGAUACCACGCUAGGAAAAGGUGUUCUUCGCAUUCUAUCGAGCGUAGUGGAUCGAUUGCCCGAGCUUUUCUUGCAUGCGGAUCCGAUCCCGAGGUGUGCGCUGCGUCUGUUGCACACCUGUACGGAUUGGAAUGCUGCCGCGUUAUCUUCGGUGGUCUCCAAUCACCUCCUAGAGUGUAUGUGGAAUUAUCUUUCCUGCGCCGAUGACGUUGAUCUUUUCUACCCACUUCACCUUCUAUAUGCUAUGCUCUCCCACAACGACGGCAAAACGGAUGGGGUUCACUUUGAGUUCCAGCAAAAUCAUUUGACCGUUCUCAAUCGGAUCAGCGUUGCGUCGAUGAUGAGCGGAUUUCAGCAUGUUCUGCAGGCUUGUUGCAAGGUGAUUGAUUGGAUCCUACGCACCAUCGAGAUGGAUGCGGCGUCUUACACAGAUCUUCAAUGCGCUGUUUUCAUAACUGGCGAUGCGGUCGAGCGCGUCUUUCUUCCACUCUGCGCGGACGAAUCGGUAUCGAUUCACGCCGCAGCGAUCACUUGGAAUCUAGCUCGCCUUUGCCCAUCGAUGUAUGGCGUGUUGCUGUCCGAUAGCGGCCAAUGCGCCCUGCAAAAAGCUUUAACUAAUCAACUUGUCAGCAUCGAAGCGGUUGAGUUGCUUUUACGAUCGUUUCUUUACAUUAGCGAAAAGAAAGGUAAAUGGGAGCUAACGCAUUUGGCGAAUAAUAAAGAGCUCAUGAGGGCGUUGAAGAAAGCUAUCGCGAGAGAGUAUCCAGUAGCUGUUUAUUCCUACGCUACUCAAUUAUACCAGACGAUCACAGAUCAGCAAGUACUUACGCUGUCGUGA